AUUAUAACACAUCUCUUUCUCUCUCGCUCUCACUCACAUUCACUCACACUGUCCCGUUUAUAUAUAUAAAGGUGUCUCCAUUCUUUUUCUCUUAUUUGCCCCAAGUAUUACAACUCCCAACUUCUUUCUCAAAUGGACGUGAAGAAGUCGUCUCUUGAACAGCAGCAUGAGGAGGAGAAGGAGGAGUUUCGUGAUUGUCUUGAUGGUGAUCAAGUUGUUGGGCAGUUGCAGGAACAGCUCAAUGCCGCCUCUUUUGUUGAACAAGAAAACAAGACCCACCCUUCGCUUCAGCUUGCCUCAACAGCACUUUCUAAAGGAAUCACUUUGGAUGCAUUCAACAAUGUCGUGCCACCAACACCGACUUCGAGCGGACCCAGCACGCCUGAGAGGAGAGUCAGCAGCAGUAGCAGUAUAGAUCCCGAGAAAGCAGGUGCCAACCUCAUUCAAAUUAACCCUGUUGAUCUGAAGACCAUUGGUGAGAAUACGUUGACGCCUGCUGAGCAAGAGAAAGAAGACGAGGCUGUUUUGCGGGGACUCAGACACUUGUUUAAUAAUCGAUUCAUGAGCGCAAAAACGUUGUUCGAACAACGCGCAGAUAGGUAAACGAAAGGGAGUCGGAAAACAUGAGAGGUCUCUUGCGAAGAGUUGAAAUUACUGAUAUGAGCUAAAACGAUGUUUGCUUAGAGAUCCACUUUAUGCACUUGCAUUGAGUAGCAUGGCGUUCCUGAAAGCUGUGAUGGUAUAACAACUAUUAAUAAUGAUAAUCAUGGAUCAAAAAGAAAGGCUCGGAAAAGGAAGAGAGACAUACUCACCAUCACGAUGCUGCUGAAUAUGUUGUAGACGUCAGGAGAGCACGACCACACCAUGG